CUCCCCGUCUUCUUCCCUACUGCACUGAAGCUAAACAGGAUAAAGGUCAUGAGGGGAGGAACGGAAGAGAGGCUUAAUGGGAAGGGGAAUGGAGGGGAGGAGGAGGAAGAGAGUCUCUGGGUGAGGAAGAAGGUUUGGGAAGAGGUGAAGAUGAUAUGGAGGAUUGCGCUGCCGUCGACGAUGUUUAGAGUGACGUCGUUCGGGACAAUAGUGGUGGCUCAGUCGUUCGUCGGACAUUCGGGGGAUCUUCCUCUCGCUGCUUACUCUCUUCUCCACAACAUCUUCGUCCGUUUCUUGAAUGGUUUAUUGGCGGGGAUGUCCAGUGCGACGGAGACAUUAUGCGGGCAAGCGUACGGAGCAGGACAAAACCACGCGAUGGGGAUAUACUUGCAAAGAUCAUGGAUCAUCGACGCAGCCAUAACCACCGUAUUCCUCCCCUUCCUCCUCCUCUCCGGCCCCAUCCUCCGCCAUCUCGGCCUAGAUUCCGACAUAACCUCCACCGUCCACAGCCUCUCUCCAUGCCUCUCUCCAUGGCUCGUCCCUUUCGUCUACAGCCUCGUCUUCUCCAUGACCAUGCAGAUGUACUUGCAGGCGCAGAUGAAGAACACUGUCGUGGGAGUGGUCUCGGCCUUGGCGUUCGGUGCCGACGUGGCCAUCUCGUGGGUCCUGGUGAACAAGAUGGGGUUGGGGAUGGUGGGGGCCAUGCUGGGUCUCAACGUGAGUGGGUGGGCCAUCGUGGUCGCUGAGUUCGUCUACGUGUCAGGUGGAUGGUGCGCUUCCACUUGGCGUGGCUUCUCCUCUGCUGCUUUUCUCGAUCUCUGGCCCAUGUUCAAACUCUCCAUCUCCUCCGGUUUCAUGAUCUGCUUGGAAUUGUGGUACUUUGGCAUUCUUGUUCUGAUCGCAGGCUACACAAAAGAUGCAAAAGUUGCAAUUUCUGCUUUCUCCAUUUGCCAAUAUAUCUACGCAUGGGAAUUCAACAUAUGCCUCGGCUUCUUGGGAGCUGCAUGUGUUCGGGUGGCGAAUGAGCUGGGACGAGGAAACGCGGAAGGGGUGAAAUUUUCGAUAAAAGUGGUGUUGAGCAUCUCCGUAGUAACCGGGCUGAUCUUCUGGACCCUGUGUCUUGUCUUCCGUCACGAGAUCGCGUACGUGUUCACCAACAGCGAAGAGAUCGCAGCUGCCGUCACCGAUCUCUCCACCCUUCUCGCUUUCUCCAUUCUGUUCAACACCAUCCAGCCCAUUCUCUCCGGAAUGCAGAGUUUGGUCGCCGUCGUGAAUUUAGGGUCUUAUUACGCAGUUGGCAUUCCAUUGGGUCUCGUCCUUACUUAUGUAUUCGACCUUGGUGUUAAGGGGCUUUGGAUUGGAAUGUUGGGUGGGGUGGCAGUGCAAACCCUUAUACUUUCCUGCAUCAUAUACCGAACCGACUGGGACAUUGAGGUUGAGAAGACGAGACAACGUCUAAAGAGGUGGCUUUAAGGCGGAA